ACUUCUGUCUGCAGGCGAGCCAUCUCCAAUCCAUCCCACAACCCUCAAACAGUCGCCAGAUAUCAACAUGGCCGACACUCAGGUGACCUUGCGCACGCGCAAGUUCAUCCGCAACCCGCUCCUCGGACGCAAACAGAUGGUCGUUGACGUCCUCCACCCCGGCCGCCCGAAUGUCAGUAAGGACGAGCUCCGCGGCAAACUCGGCGAACUCUACAAAGCCUCCAAGGACCAGGUCUCAUGCUUCGGCUUCCGGACACAAUACGGUGGCGGCAAGAGCACCGGCUUCGCCCUCGUCUACGACUCGGCCGAGGCCAUGAAGCAGUUCGAGCCCCGCUACAGACUCAUCAGAUAUGGACAGGCGACAAAGGUGGAGAAGGCGAGCAGACAGCAACGCAAGCAGAGGAAGAACCGUGCUAAGGAGUUCCGAGGGACUGCCAAGCUGAAGGGAGGCGCCAGUGACAAGAAGAAGAAAUAAGGGAGCCGUAGUGGCAGGGUGGCUGUGGUGUUGUGGGAGUGGGCUACAAAGCGAAGAAGCGUCACUUCUGCGAGCAUUGCGGCGGGUAGACAUUGCACUACAUCGGCGUCUUGUACGAAGGGCGAUAGUCAUUCAAAUGCAAUUCAAAUGCUGAAACAUACACUCACACCUGUUUGGGAGGAUGCUGGAGAACUUUUGGCCAUUGAUUGGCAUUCAAUGCGCUCUACACGUGAGCAAUGCACGUCAGUUCGAGGUACGGUACGGUUUGUCGCAUGUCAAAAGACCAUAUGGG